GCCUGUUCACUGACUCAUUCUGAGUUUAUGCUGAAGGGCAAAACCUGCGCUGACCCACUUCGACGAAACCUGGGAUAAUAACGCGUUGAGCUUACAGCAAACGGGGGUUUCCAGUUAAAUACAACUGAAACUGGAGACUUCUGACGGUUCUGUUGUUUUUACGGCUGUGUUUUCUGCUACAUUCAGACGGGUCAUGGCCUCCGGAUCCGUCACGAACCUCUGCUGUCCCGUCUGCCACGACGUCUACAGAGACCCGGUCCUGCUGUCCUGCAGCCACAGCUUCUGUGCGGCUUGCCUUCGCAGGUGGUGGCGGAGGAGGGAAGCGCUGCAGUGCCCCGUGUGCAAGCGCGUAUCUGGAAGGAGGAGGCCUCCGCGUAACUUGGCAUUAAAGAACCUCUGCGAGGCUUUCUUAUUGGAGCAGGGGCAAAGAGCCGAGGACGUCUGCAGUCUGCACUCCGAGAACCUGAAGCUCUUCUGUCUGGAGCACCAGGAGGCGACUUGCCUCGUCUGCAGAGAUUCAGAGAGACACGCCGAGCAUAAGUUCAGACCCAUCGACGAAGUGGCCCGGCGUCGCAGAGAGGAGCUGGAGGCGUCGCUGAAGCCGUUGGAAGACAGACUUAAACUCUUUAAGGAGGUUCAAGAUGGCUAUGAACGAACGGGAAACCACGUCAAAAUCCAGGCACAACAAGCCAAGAAGCAGAUCAGGAGGGAGGCGAAGCUGCUCCGGGAGCUUCUGGAGGCAGAGACAGCGGUCAGGGUCGGUGCGGUGAGGGCGGAGCAGAAGGAAAAGUGUGAGUCGGUGAAGAAGAGAGCGAAGGAACUGAGGAAAAGGACGACGAGUCUUUCAGACACGAUCACAAAAACGAGGGAGGAGCUGAGAGCCGGAGAUGUUUCCUUCCUGCGCCGCUGUGGGGCGGCAGCGGAGCGGGUCGGGCAGCAACCCCUGUGGAAAGAUCCCGCCCCGCCCUCAGGACCUCCUGUAGACACGGCCAAACAUGUGGGCAAUCUGACUUUCAACAUCUGGAGCAAGAUCAGGGACCUGUACUUUGAUCCUGGAUCCAAACACGGCUCAUCUGACACUCACACUGUCGGAUGA